AUAGGAUUAUAUAUUUCGGUUUUAAGUACGUUAAUGUAUAGAAGAUAUGGUAAAUAUUACACGCACGUGCUGAUCCUUGAACAUAAAUCUACGUUGUAUAUUUCACUGGGUUGUCAGGACAACGCAAUGUUUGCUGUCGCUUUCCUGCCAUUGUCCUGUCAUUUCCUGAACAUGGAUACAAACAAAAACGUAUUUUCCUCCACUAAGAGCUUAUAUUUUGUGUGAAAAUAACAAAAAAGCGAUUGUGUAAUAAUGUUUUGUAUUUAGUGCGCAUCAUGUCUCACAAAUGGAAUCAUAAUUUCCCAAAAAUUGCGCGCGAAGCGGGUUUCAUUAUUCGUGAAUUGUCGAUAGGCCACUGUAUUGACUGGAGGUUUAUUGCAUCAAUCGAUCCGUACGGAAUAGUGAACGAAAAGGAUUACGAAAAACUUGAUGAAUUCAUCCCGCACAUUUGUGAGGUUCCAAUCGGAACCGUGUUGAACAAUCGCAUCCUGGACCCGGCGAUAGGUAAAUAUUUUGUCCUGGCACAAUUCAGCGUACAAUAUUUGCUGUUCUGCAAACAGUUCCUGGAUGACACUGUUGUGGAGAUUCGGAACACGGCCCAAGAUCUGCAGAAGGAAAACGAUCGUCUCGAAAGGAAUUGUCGGAAGAAAAACGAAGAGAUUGUAAGUUUGCACCGGAAGCUGCAACGUGCGGAGAAUUUGCAGGCACACCAGCUGGUCUAUCCGUGCUCGAAGUGUACGAAAAAUUUUAUCAGUUUAGAACUUUUGAAUGCUCACAUGACGAGGAAACAUUUCGAGCUGUCAAUACCCACAGGGGAUGGAAAACAGCAGUCUUCGGGGAGGAAAUUUUCGGAAACCGAUUCCAAUUUGAUUCAAACUAUAAAACUUGAGCUGGAGGUGAAGCAGCUAAAGGAGAGAUUGAAUGCAACGGAGAAGGAUCUUAUCGAUCAGCGAGAUCGCCAUUGCCAUUCGUGCACCGCUGGCGCAAAUCAGGUAGUAGCAGCAGCUGCUGCAGUAGGACAAGUGGCGAUAGAGCACCACAGCGUUGGUAUACAAAGCAAUUUAGUGGACACAAAAGAUGUGGACGAGAAAGAAGUACAGACAAGCAUUGACAGCCAAACGAAAACUCCCCCAAGAUUAUCUCCAACGCCUCCAAUUCUCUCACCAUCCCCUACACGUCAGCCCCAACUACCCCCGCUGCCUCCAGUGGAUUACAUCUCGAAAUCAGACCUGGACGCAAUUCUUCGCGAACAGAGGGAACAGUUCGACAGCUGGAAGUCGAUCGAACGUCAAAAGUUCAACCAGGAAAUCGAAAGUGUGCGCAAAAGUUUAACUGAAACGAUUCAAGAACUUGAAAAACGUGAUCGAACGACUCCUCCGCCACCCGCGCAAGUAGUAACGAUCGAGCGCAACACUGAACAGGAUGACAACAUCUGGAAGCGACGAUACCACGAGUUGGAACUGAUGUAUGAAAAUAGCCAACGCCAGGUGAGGGAAACCAUCGAGAACAUUGAGUCGGCCUAUGGAGAGAAACUUAAACAAUUCGAACGACUGAUGGAUCGAAAAGAGGAAACUGCACCUGUUUCGGUUGCAAGCGCUCCGAAAGUUGCACCACGUCUUCCCCAUAAACCUACAGAAAAACUGCCGAUCAAAGCAUUGGUAGAUAAUCUUGAGAAGCAAAUUCCCGUUCGAAAUGUGUCUAAAUCAUCUGUUGUUGAAUCGAAUGAGUCCGAUGUUGAUGAAGAUAUCCAGCAGCAUGAUUCUCCUUCGGAAGAAGAUGAACAAACUGAGAGUGAUGAAGAAAUUCGAUCUCUUGAGGCAGCUAGAGCUAAAUUAUUGGCUAGAAUCAAUGUUGUUAGUCCACCUGUCGUUGCUGCGCAACAAGGAGACAUUCCGGCAAAAGCUCCGAAGAAACCGCUCAAUUCGCCUAGAAGACAAAUACUGAACACUUUCAAACAUCGGUUGAAGGCACUGGGAAUCGACCCAAAAGCGAAUACUCUUCCGAAAGACGAUCUGGACGCAGCGACCGAAGCAUUGGCCGAGCGAAGAGAUACCAACAAGAAGAAGCAUAAAAGUUUCUUCAUAACGAGAAAACAACUUGCGGCAACGGUAGAUCAAAUAACUAAAGGUAAAAUGGGUGAACCACGGUUUGCUAAACCGAAGGUAGAUGAAAAAACCAAACCGGUCCCAACAUUAAGACUUUCCUACCAAGCAUCAGAUCGUAAAUCGUCACUCGAUUUAUUACCCUCAAGAAUGAAACUAGCGUCAUCCCUGGGGGAACGUCAGAUCGACCAAAAACAACCUGCGAUGAAAUCGAAUAUUUUUAAAGCUAAAUCCACUUCUGCAGCUUCCUCCUCAGCGAUUCCAGCGCUUCCAGAAGUCACGCUCACAAGUGACGAUAUAAUCACAGUUCAGGCGGAAAUACAUACCGUUACGGAAGUAAAAGCAACAAGUCCCGUUCUCUCUGACCACGCACAAACACUGGAGCGACUGCUGGAAACACCGGUGAAACGGGUUGGCACUCCACCCGAUGUGAUAGCAUCCGCCGAACGUGGGUUGAAGGAAACCAAUGAAUCGGAUAUAAGUGAUAUCUUGGAGGCGGUUCCCUUGCAACCGAAACCUAUUCCUAAGAAGAGAGUGCUUUUCAACCUAAACAAUAGCGAAAGCACGGAGAAAGAAAGAUAUGAAGUUCCAACCUCAAGUGCGGAUAAGCCAUUUGGACCGACACUCUCCUCAACCGCUAUCGAAGUUUCCAAGGUAGAUGAGGAAUCCGAUUGGAAUAUCAGCAGUUUCGAGGAAGAGAAAUGAACAUAAGCCAAAAAACGAAAAUGUGAAUAAAUUGAUUUUCCGUCCGUACAA